AAAGAGUUCGACGCGGCUAGCAGAGAGCGACCGUGCACGACGAGUCUGCCAAGUCCAAAACACCAGUGCCUUUACCUUGUCUUUCCUCACAACACCUGCCCAACUAACCUUUCGUUUCUCACCUCGCACUGCCCUUUCCUCGCUCCAUUGGGCUCUCUUUACCUGCAGCUUCCAUUCUCAAGCUCUAUCGCAGUGCUCUAUCGGCGUCUCCCCCCAGUUUGCUGUCACCACAUCACCACCUUAGCCGCGAGCAUCAGGUACAUGGGCAUACUUUGACAUCAGCAACUCUACACCCAUUACACCUUUCAUCUGCUUCAUUUCACUUGGAGCAUCUCUUCAUUACCUUGCCCCGCAGUUUGUAGAGCUUUACGGGCCACAAUAUGCCUCCAAAAACAACCGCUCGAAGGACAGUUACCAACGAGAACGACGAAAAUGCAGCAAACGUUCGACUCACGCGUGCACAAGCCGCGGCUCUUGGCGCGAGUGGUGCAGCCGACGGUUUGAAGAAACCGCUCCAAAGAUCAAAGUCGACUGUCAAUGUCAACGCGCAACCCAAGAAGCGAGCAGCACUGGGCGACAAGUCUAACAUCGGAGUGCCGGCAGAAACCGGAGAAGGCAAGACGCUGAAGAAACCGCUGGCCAGUAAGCCAGGUGCCGUCUCAAAGGCUGCUCAGCCCACAGGUGUUCAGAAGCUAUCACGGAGCCAAUCGACGCGCUCAAUACUUGGCCCGAAAGAUAAGAAUGUCUCCAAUGUGUCUGAUCUGAAGAGACCUGCCAGUGGUUCUGGCGUCACGGGUCAUGUUUCGAAGAAACGCCACACUGGUUCAUCAACAAGCAGUAAGUCGAUUGGGGAGGAGGAAUACCAGCACGAUGAAAACACUGCUCCAAAUGGUCAGACCGUCAAGGUCGAAGUUGAGAAAACCAUUACCACCACCAAGGUCGAGGUCAUUGAGCAGAUCCCUGUCGUGUCAACAACGCCACAAGAGACGACACGCGUUCUUCCAGAGGGAGUGCAGGAUCUGGACGACGAGGAUGCUGGUGAUCCACUGAUGGUCUCCGAAUAUGUCCACGAAAUUUUCGAUUAUCUGCGCGAGAUUGAACCCGAAACGAUGGCAAACAAAGACUACAUGGACAGUCAACCAGACCUCGAAUGGAAGAUGCGGGGCAUACUUGUCGAUUGGCUGCUCGAGGUGCACACACGCUUUCGACUUUUGCCUGAGACUCUUUUCCUUGCGGUUAACAUUAUCGAUCGCUUUCUCUCCACCAAAAUCGUACAGCUUGACCGACUACAGCUCGUUGGCGUCACUGCCAUGUUUAUCGCGUCAAAGUAUGAAGAGGUCUUAUCUCCACACGUACAGAACUUCCGUCAUGUCGCAGAUGAUGGCUUCACUGAGGAAGAGAUCUUGUCUGCAGAGCGAUUUGUUCUUCAGGCACUCAAUUAUGACCUUCGUUAUCCUAACCCAAUGAACUUCCUCCGUCGCAUAUCUAAAGCGGAUAACUACGAUGUGCAGACGCGUACAGUUGGCAAAUACUUGCUUGAGAUCAGUUGUCUUGACCAUCGUUUCUUGGAGUUCCCACCUAGUCAGGUCGCUGCUGCUGCCAUGUUCUUGGCGCGUCUCGUUCUCGACAGUGGUGAAUGGGAUGCUACUCUGGCAUACUAUGCUGGCUACACUGAGGAGGAGAUAGAACCAGUCUUCCUGCUCAUGAUCGACUACUUAUAUGGCCCUGUCCAGCACGACGCUUUCUUUAAGAAGUACGCGAGCAAGAAGUUCCUUAAAGCUUCCAUGGUCGUUCGCCAAUGGUGUAAAGAAAACGGCAAGGCCAUUCUCGAGGCUCUCCCGUCCUCACAUCCCCUCAACCCAAAGAACCGUGCAGAUCGCCAGCGGUAACACCUGUGACUAGGUGUGACUCGACACAUAACACGAAUCCAUAUACAGCAUUUUUACAGGCGUUGUGAGCUUUAGGCUAAUGGAAACCACGGUUUGCAUUCGUUAGCUAUAUUAUUGUUUCUUGGUGAUCGAGGGUAUGAUACCUCUUCUCCUCAGCACAUACUGAUGAGAUGGCUUGCCCAUUGCUAAGAGACGACGCGUGUUACCGCGGAUUCGCUUGAGAAAGCCUUGCACGUAUCAAGGCAUGGUAAUGGCACUCUUGGAAGUCUUCGUGCGAUUUUUGAGGGUUUUUUCGCGUAACCGCAAGUAGCCUGCGGAGGUGCUGUGUACCUACAAUUGCAGAGCUUAGUCGCGGUGCUCUUUGAAGCGACAUGUGUUUGAAUGAGAAGUGCUUUUGGCGUUUAACUGGGCGCGAUGAAUGGACUUUGGAUUGGGGAGUAAAGUGAGAUUACGUUAGCCCCUAAAACGAAAUGCGAAGACAUUCUAAAGA